AUGGCGACCUACGUCACGAGCGUCACUUCCUACAACUCAGUCUCCUUCUUCCGGUCGCUCGUCACCAUUCACAUGUUAAGAAGGAGCGCUGUGAUUGUGUGGAACAAGGAGAACACGUGGAACAUGGAGAACGUGUGGAACAUUGAGAACGUGUGGAACAAGGAGAACGUGUGGAACAAGGAGAACGUGUGGAACAAGGAGAACGUGUGGAACAAGGAGAACGUGUGGAACAUGGAGAACACGUGGAACAUGGAGAACACGUGGAACAUGGAGAACGUGUGGACCACAGCAGGAAGCACAGACCUGGAGUCAGCGUGUGGACCCCCCCCCCCCCCCCACCCCCAGGCUGUUCACAGGGGGCGGGGUCGUGACGAAACCGGACCGAAGCGUGUUCUGAUCCAGGGAGGGGGGGCGGGGCUACAGUGCUCCAACCCCAUGUCCGGCUUCCCCCCCCCCCCUCGGCACCGGACCCGUGGACCGCAGCGUCCCGGCCUCUGGAGGAACCGGAGAGGGACCGGAGAGGGACCGGAGAGGAACCGGAGGGACCGGAGAGGGACCGGAGAGGAACCGAAGGGGGACCGGAGGGGAACCGGAGAGGAACCGGAGGAACCGAAGGGGGACCGGAGAGGGACCGGAGAGGAACCGGGGAGGAACCGGAGAGGGACCGGAGGGAUGGACGCGGCUUCACCGGAAUCAUCUGAAGAGUUUGGAAACGUUCAGAUCAAAAUGGAGCCGGACGGAGACGUGGAGAUCCGGUCGCUUCCGGUCCUGAAGACUCUGUUGGUCCAACUGACGGACUGCAGGACCUGGCUGCAGGGGCGGGACUUCCUGUCUCUGGACCAUCACCCUCAGCUGUGGAAGCAGAGAGCGAGGCGGCACUGCUCCGUGAUGACCGGCAGGAAGAUGGUCUACUGCUCCCAGUGCUCCAGAGGCUUCUACAAGAGGUCCCACCUGGAGGCCCACCUGAAGACCCACGGAGGACUGAGACCCAACGAGUGCUGGCAGUGUGGGAAGACCUGCCCCACCCUGAAGAGCCUGGUCAUCCACCAGCACGUCCACAGCCGCCAGCAGGCCUACCGGUGCUCCUACUGUGACAGGACCUUCGCUCUGAAGAGGGACUGGAAGACCCACCACAGGACCCACUCCGGGACCAAACCCUUCAAGUGCUGGUUCUGUGGGGACGGCUUCGACCAGGGGGAGGAGCUCAGCGAGCACCUGGAGGUGCACAAGGAGGAGAAGUGUUAUCGCUGCAAAGUCUGUGACAAGAUGUUCGUCUCCUACCAGGGCUUCAACUUCCACCGCAGAGCGCACAAGAACCAGCAGCUGCUGUCCUGCCCCAAGUGCAUGAAGACCUUCAGCAACCCUCAGAGUCUGAAGGUCCACCAGGUGACGCACUCCAGAAGGAAACCACAUAAAUGCCCCACGUGUGGAAAAGGCUUCAAGCUGCCCAGCAGCCUGCGCUGCCACCGGAGGACGCACGAGGAGCUGCGGGCCUACCGCUGCCCCGAGUGCAGCAAGUGCUUCUCCAGCCUGCAGGGCCUGAAGCUGCACGACCGCACUCACACCGGGCUGAAGCCCUACCAGUGCCCCGAGUGUGGGAAGAGCUUCACCCAGUCGCCCCACCUCAAGGCCCACAUGGUCACACACACUGGCGAGCGGCCGUUCCUCUGCACCACCUGCGGCAACAGGUUCACUCAGUCGUCUCACCUGAAGUCUCACGUCACGCUGUUCCACGUGGGCGAGAAGCCGUUCCGCUGUGACGACUGCGGGAAGAGCUUCACCAUCGCCCACUACCUGAAGAUGCACCGGCUGAGCCACACCAAGGAGAAGCUGCACCAGUGCUCGUACUGCGAGAAGUCCUUCUCCUACCACAACUCCUGGAGGGCGCACGAGAGGAUCCACACCGGCGAGCGCCCGUUCACCUGCCAGGACUGUGGCCAGAGCUUCACCACGUCCGGCUCGCUGCUGAGCCACCAGAGAGCCAAACACACCGGAGAGAAGAACCACUACUGCAUCACCUGCGGAGAGUUCUUCUUCACCAGCUCGCUGCUGCGGAUCCACCAGCUGGACCACAGCGGCGAGCGGCCGCACGCCUGCAGCUGCGGCAAGAGCUUUAAAACUAAAGGAGUGCUGAACUGCCACCUGAAGAGGUUCACCGACCACAGGCCGGCGGAGGGAAGGCUGCCGGGAAACAUCUGACUCCUGAAAACACAAAGGACUGAGAGACGUGUGCGUGCAGGUGUAAUUCAACUGGAUGUUAGUUACUGUAGUUGGCCAGCAGGUGGAGCUGCAGCAGUGACCGAUCAUAAAGAUGCUCUGAAACACAUUGAUGCUGUUGCAGUCAAAACUCCUGACUGUUGACUCAGUGUGACAUCACUGCCUGAUUCAAUUCAUCUCUUAUUUUGAAAAGGAGUCAGACUGCACAGUCGUAAAAAACACGACUUUACGUUCACUGGUUUUUCUUCUGUUUGUUGAUCUUUGAAUCCAAAGUUGCUUUUACAAUUUAUUUCACUUUUUUCCCCUUAAAUUAGUGAGUAAGAUGAUCAUUAAAAGAACUGUCCAUAAAAACAUGCCAAAAAAGGUUUGUCUUCAUACUGAUGCAUGUUUACUGAGGAUCACUUUGUAAUCGUUUAAAAAACAUUUUUAUUGAGUAUCGUCGAACAUGAAAUUAAUGUUUCACCACAUCUCAAAGAAUCUGCAGCUGCAGAAACACGACUGGACACGUGAACAUCAGGUUGAGAUGAAAACAACUUGAUCUUAAAGGAUCAAUCACAUUUUAUCAAUAUAGUCUCAUAUUCACAGGUUCUAGUUUGUCUCAUGGUCUUUAACAAGGUGAGACGUCCUCUGUCCUUCAACAAGAGUCAAACUACUGAGACCUGUAGCAGGUGAAGAAGGUAGAAACCUCAGAGACACAUGUGAGGACCCGUCUCCAGGAGACACGUGUGAGGACCCGUCUCCAACCCGUCUCCAGGAGACACACGUGAGGACCCGUCUCCAACCCGUCUCCAGGAGACACACGUGAGGACCCGUCUCCAGGACGGACACUAGAGCAACAGAUGUCCUGUGGAACAGAGGACAUCAGAGAGAUCAAAGGAUUCACAGCUUUGAUUAGAAUAAACACUUUGUAGCAGAACUGAAGGUCAAUGACCUGAUUAUUGUCAGUAAAAGUAUCUGAGGAGAAAUAUUAUAUAUCAAGCAGUCUGGUUGGGAUCAUAGUCCACCAUCAAGAUCCACCAUCAGACCAUCAGGAUCCACCAUAGUCCACAGUCAUUGUCCUGGACCAGGGACCUGUUACUCUGGACUUGGUCCAGAUUCUGGACUGGAGACUUUUUGGACACCAGUGGCUUUGUUUCUCAGAGUUGAAUCCAUAACUCAUUGAAGGUAGCUGAUGACUCCAUACAAAAACACAUCCAUCUGUGUCAUCCUGUUCUUGUCUUUCACAAUAAAAGCUCAAACUUG